GAGGCCAUACAGGCUUCGGGUCCAAUGUUUCCAAAAGCAAGAUGUAUGCCUUGUGUCACUCUUAGAAACAUCAGCUAUGGACACAAUGAUCAUAUUCUUAGACCCUGUUAGUCUGCACAUGAAUCUAUACAUAAUAUUUCUUAAAACAGCAUUAAAAGUGGGCACAUUAUUAGACACAAACAUUUCACUGGCACUACACCACCUAGGAAUUUUAAGCACAAUACUCAGUGCAUCAUUAUAAGCCACUUGAAGUUUUUUCAUUUUCGACUCACUAAUAUAUAUAUAUAUAUAUAUAUACACACACAAAGAAAUAAAAAGUUAGAACUAUACAGCCUAUACAUGAAACAUGAAAAUACAGUACAAUCUUAAAGACAAUACUGUAGCCUACUUCUUGGAAUCGUUUGACUAGAUAGCCUACGCGUGUUGAAAAAGAAGAACAAAAAGAAUUCCCAAAAAGAGCGAAACCGAAACGAUAAGAAGCGAAUAUAAGGUGAUACCUCAGGGCAUCAUCAUCUCAAAUCACUGCUAGCGACUGAGCAAUCAAGUGCUGGUUUCCAAAAAAAGGUAAGAGGCGAUAUCAUUUGAACUUUCUUAUUAUCUCUUAUUUACAGCAUAAUUUACUAGACUGAAAAAAUAGGCUAUCUUUGUUAUUAUUAUGUAAUAAUAUUCCAAAUGUGUACGGUCUCUUGUUUAGCCUACGUAGGCUAUCAGAUUGAAAGUGCCUUAACUAUACUGUUAUCUGAAAAUAACUACUGAGGCUACUUACUGGUUGAUCUCUGACGUGAAAUUUGUUCGAUAAAAAAGUUGGCGAAUAAAACUGAUAAACCGUGCGUCUUAAUAUACACCAUUGUAUCUGCAUAAUACUGAAGGUACCACUACUUUGAAUGAUCUAACGGUUUCACUUUCCAUUCUCCCAGAUGUUUCGGCGGUGUGUGUCUCCUCUUUGCAUCCUCAUCCUCAUCCUCGUCUGUAUGGUGUCCACAAACUCCUCUUCCCCUCUUGGCCACACGGGGGCGCUGUCCUUCUCCAAUUCAUUGCGUCUCACACGCACUAUUCGCACAAGCGUCCAACAUCUGCUGUCCCGCUACAAACAACAGCUGUUUGGUGACGAGCUCUUUGAAUACAGAGAUCUGAUGCUGAGUACACUUCCUGCGGUGACCGUCAGUUAUCAGACCUGGCUACACAUGCAGGACACAGAGCGUUUGCGUUUGGCCUCUCACAACCUCCAGACCUUCUGGACUCACCUGGAAGGUCAACGGCAGCAGCUGGAGAGAGAGAGGGAUGCGACGAAGGAAAGAAGAGGCAAACGAGGAAAGCUCCAGUCCACCUUGCGCCAAAGAUUUGUUAGUCUGCAAAUAGAUCUGCGGGACCUAAUGAAACAAGUCAGCUCUCAGUUGAACAGUCUGAGUAUCACUGUAUCUACAAAAUCCCCACUUCUCCAUCUCCUGCACGCAACUUCAUCUUCCGGUCCACUUCCCAGCAUGCAUCAUUCCACAGAGAGCACCACUGUACUCCAGACCCCAACUCGGACGGAUGAUCCUCGCAGCUCUGCACACUCCUCUACACAAUCUUCUACAGUGAUGGAGAGGACCUCUGUCAGCCUCCCACAACCCACCCUGGCAUCAGAAGGCUUUAUUUUUACGGGAAGAUCUGUGGACACCCAGCAGACAACAACAGCAGAGACGUCCCGCUGGAUUCAGCAUCUAAAAGGGUAUGUGAUACUGAGAGAUCUGGAACGGUACUUGAGCAGAUUGGCACGAGAUUAUGCUAUGCUCCAAGCCAAAUACUGACAAAAAACAAAAAAAAAAUACAAGUAUUACACAGAAUUAAAUUAUAAAACAAAACCAAAAAAAGACAUAAUUGAAUACACUAACAUUCAUAUCUAUAAACAUUCUCACGUCAGUUUCUGUUUACCAUGUUCUUUAAUUCUUUUAUUUAUGAAAAUAAUUUAUUACUAUUUUUUUAUUCACUGUUUGUUUACAAGUAAUUGAACUGAUACUUGCCUUAAAGUGUGAAAACUUUUUUAUUUAAAAACUGCAUUUCUGUAUUUUAUAUUUAAGUAUUUCGAGUAUUUUCAAUGUAUUUGAUAAGUCUCAGGGGUUGAGUACUUCAGCAGGCAGCUAGUGUGGGUUAUCAUGAGAUUGCCAAACAGUGUUAUUGGACCUUUAAGUAUUUUUAGAUAAUACAAUUAUUAUACUUGAAUGUAUAUGGCUAUGUUUGAAGGAUAAGAGCUUAACAAACAGCAAAUUCUUUUGUUUAUAUUGGACAAUUUAACAAACAAAAAAAGGUUAGUCAGCUAUUCUGGAAGACCAAAAUUCCCCAAACACCCCACUUCCCUCCUCCACUGAUAAUCAGCAAAUCAGAGGUCAGCAUGAGAUCAAUUUUACAUCCCCUUUUCGUUGUCAUUCCCCUGUACUUUCCACCUUGUGUUAUUUAUUAAAAUAUUUAUUUUAUUUAUGUGCCUAAUAUUUUUUAUACAAUAUUUAUUGUUCAUAAAU